CCGUUGGACUUGAAGGGGCUCUACGUGACGACUGAAAGAGUGGGCAGCAGUUCUGAACGGAGGCGCGGCGGUGCAGGACAGUUCAGAAAAGCAGAGAGGAGAGGAGCUGUGCGGGAGAGACGGCUGCCCAUCCGUCAACUAGCUGGAGGAACGCACACUAAACCCUUAUGGCUGCUUGAGAAAUAACGAUACACCCCCCCUCCCCCUUUUUUUCUCUUUCUCUGGGACUUUUUGCUUUUCAGUAUCGUCCUGACCAGAAGUUGUUGCAAGUCUAAUUAGUUUCUCCAAGUUGAAAAUUGAAUCCACUUGCCGUGGACGUCUCUGGCGGUCAUGGAUACCCAUAUAAGAUGGAAAGUUAAACGGAGGAUAAGGGACGCCCAAAUCACUUUAGCGGUGAUUCUGCUUUUUGUCACAUCGCAAGCAAGUUCAGUGGAACCAGCAGACCUCUUGAAGAUUUUAGAUUUUCACAGUUUACCCGAGGGUGUUAAAAAAACAACGGGUUUCUGCUCACAUCGGAGGUCAACACAAGGACCCGAUGUGGCUUACAGAGUAUCCAAAGAAGCCCAGCUCAGCGCCCCCACCGUACAGCUGUAUCCAGGUGAUGUGUUCCCAGAGGACUUUUCCAUUAUGGCUACAGUGAAGCCUAAGAAGGGCAGCCAGUCCUUCCUGUUGUCUGUGUACAAUGAACAAGGCAUCCAGCAGCUCGGACUGGAAGUGGGCCGCUCUCCAGUGUUCCUGUACGAGGACCACACAGGCAAACCCAGCCCUGAGGACUACCCCCUCUUCAGAGGAGUCAACCUAGCUGACGGAAAAUGGCAUCGAGUGGCCAUCAGUGUGCACAAGCAGACCAUCACCCUCAUUCUGGACUGUAAAAAGAAGACCACCCAGAAGCUGCUCCGAAGCCCCAACCCCAUCAUUGAUACCAAGGGAAUUGUAGUAUUUGGAACUAGAAUACUUGAUGAAGAAGUCUUUGAGGGAGACAUCCAGCAGCUAAUGAUUGUAGCAGACCACCGUGCUGCCUAUGACUACUGUGAGCACUACAGCCCCGAUUGUGAAGUGCCAGUGCCCGACCAGCCUCAGAACCAGGACCCCAACACAGAUGAAUAUAACACGGAGGAGGACAGCUACUAUUAUGAAUACCCUUACUAUGAGGAUGUGGACGGCAAGCCUUUUGAUUCAACAUCUGAUACUGAGACUACCACAAAAGAAGCCAAGGGGACAGAUGGAGACAGCGUGGUGACCAAAGUUGAGGAGGCUUUGAGGGGCGGUGCUGGUGCCACUGGCGGCAAAGUGUUGACCUCCAUCUCCAGUGGCUCAUCCUCUGGCACUUCUUCCUCUGGUACAUCCUCCAGCUCAUCCAGCAGCUCUUCAGGUACUGCCGCCGGCGGAGGAGACGCCAACGGAGAGGAGACCAGCCCUUACGACAGCUACGACACCUACGGUAACUACGAGACCUACUACGACGAGACCACGGCAUUGCCCGAUGCCGACACCUCUCGGCGUGUCACCAUCACCAGCACCAGCAUCGGCACCGGGGGGGAGCUGGAUCUGGGAGCAGGGGGAAAGAUUGACUUGGGUACAGGUGCCGGAAUCGAAAGGCAGGUCAUCACCGGCGGAGGAGGCUCUUCUAUAACCAUCUCCAGCAAUAAGACAUCAGUAGGAAGUUCCUACGAUGACUACGGCGACGGAUAUGACUAUAACGUGGACGGCCAUUACACAACUGGUGGAGGCGGUGGCAGCAGCAGCAGCAGUACAGUUCAUGUCAGUGGUGGAGGAGGCAGCAGCAGUACAGUCCACAGUGGAGGUGGAGGAGGCAGCAGCAGUACAGUCCACAUUGGAGGUGGAGGAGGCAGCAGCAGCAGCAGCAGUACAGUCCACAUUGGAGGUGGAGGAGGCAGCAGCAGCAGCAGCAGUUCUACCAUCACCAUCGGGGGCGGUUCUGACAGAGAUGGUUCUGUCUCUGUGGGAGGAUCUUCCGCCACUGGAGGGGGGUCGGCCAGCGCCGGCACCGGAGCAGGGGGAUCCAUUGCCACCGGAACAGGCGGCGGCGUGGAAGGCGAUGGUGACUACACAGAUCUGGAGGAAGGCUUCAAGGAGGAGAACCUUCCCGACUAUGGCGAUUUAGAUGUCUACGAUACCUACGGAGACCUGGAUUACAACGACAAAGAGGGCAAAGUGCUGCCUGCUGAGACCGAUGAGUAUUAUGGACAGGUCGACGGAGCUCGUGGCGAGAAGGGACAGAAGGGAGAGCCUGCUGUUAUUGAGCCUGGAAUGUUAGUGGAGGGUCCGCCUGGGCCUGAAGGGCCAACAGGUCUCCCCGGACCCCCAGGUGCUUCUGGCCCACCAGGCAGUCCUGGAGAUUCUGGAGAGAGGGGUCCUCCGGGUCGUUCUGGUCUUCCUGGUGCUGAUGGUCUGCCAGGACCCCCUGGAACUGUCCUGAUGCUGCCUUUCAGAAUGAGUGCUGGAGGUGACUCUGGACAGAAAGGACCUGCUGUAUCAGCGCAGGAGGCCCAGAUGCAGGCCAUCAUGCAGCAGGCUAGGCUGGCUAUGCGCGGCCCUACAGGUCCAAUGGGUUUGACUGGCAGGUCCGGCCCUCUGGGUCCUCCCGGUGUUUCAGGACUGAAGGGAGAGUCUGGAGAGGCAGGUCCUCAGGGACCACGUGGACCUAUGGGAUCUAUUGGACCCUCUGGAAAGCCUGGCAGAAGGGGUCGUUCUGGAGCCGACGGUGCCAGGGGCAUGCCGGGACAGUCUGGACCCAAGGGAGACCGAGGGUUUGAUGGUCUGGCCGGACUUCCUGGUGAAAAAGGACACCGAGGUGAACCUGGCCCCUCUGGACCUCCCGGUGGUCCUGGAGAGGAUGGAGAAAGGGGAGAUGACGGAGACAUCGGACCCAGAGGACUUCCUGGUGAACCCGGUCCCCGCGGUUUGCUGGGACCAAAAGGACCUCAGGGACCUCCUGGACCCCCUGGUGUUACUGGAAUGGACGGCCACCCUGGACCCAAAGGAAACAUAGGACCUCAAGGAGAGCCAGGACCACCUGGACAGCAAGGCAACCCAGGUGCCCAGGGACUCGCCGGGCCCCAAGGUGCCAUCGGACCUCCAGGAGAGAAGGGUCCUACUGGAAAGCCAGGCUUGCCGGGAAUGCCAGGAGCUGAUGGUCCACCGGGUCACCCUGGAAAGGAGGGGCCCUCUGGAGAGAAAGGACACUUGGGCCCUGCUGGCCCUCAAGGACCCAUCGGUUAUCCUGGGCCCCGAGGUGUGAAGGGAGCUGACGGUGUGCGCGGUCUUAAAGGACAUAAGGGUGAAAAGGGAGAAGAUGGCUUCCCUGGCUUCAAGGGAGAUAUGGGUAUCAAGGGCGACAGGGGAGAGCUUGGACCAGCAGGACCCAGAGGAGAAGAUGGUCCCGAGGGACCAAAGGGUCGCUCAGGUCUCCCAGGAGAUGCUGGUCCUCUUGGCCCAGGUGGUGAGAAGGGUAAACUUGGAGUUCCCGGAUUGCCAGGAUACCCAGGAAGACAAGGACCAAAGGGAUCUCAAGGUUUCCAAGGUUUCCCUGGCGCCAAUGGAGAGAAAGGAACUCGGGGAACAGCAGGAAAGCCUGGCCCACGCGGACAGAGAGGACCAACGGGGCCUCGAGGAGAGAGAGGACCAAGAGGACCAACAGGAAAAUCUGGACCAAAGGGUAACUCAGGAAAUGAUGGCCCACCAGGACCUCCCGGUGAGAGGGGUCUACCAGGGCCUCAGGGACCAACAGGUUUCCCAGGACCAAAGGGCCCACCUGGACCUUCAGGGAAAGAUGGACUGCCUGGACAUCCCGGACAGAGAGGAGAGACUGGAUUCCAAGGCAAGACUGGUCCUCCUGGCCCUCCAGGCGUGGUUGGACCUCAGGGACCAACCGGUGAGACUGGACCAAUGGGAGAUCGGGGUCAUCCUGGGCCCCCAGGCCCACCUGGUGAACAGGGUCUACCUGGAGCUGCAGGGAAAGAAGGAGCUAAGGGUGAUUUUGGUCCUGCUGGCCCAGCAGGUAAGGAUGGCCCUCCUGGGCCAAGAGGUUUCCCUGGAGAGAGAGGUCUGCCUGGCCCUGUGGGGGCUCAUGGCCUGAAAGGGAAUGAAGGACCUCAUGGCCCACCUGGCCCUGCUGGUUCACCUGGUGAGCGUGGUCCUGCUGGCCCAGCCGGACCUACGGGUCUUCCUGGACGCCCUGGCCCCCAGGGACCCCCAGGGCCUGCAGGAGAGAAAGGUGGACCGGGAGAGAAAGGACCUCAAGGCCCAGCUGGAAGAGACGGUAUUCAGGGACCUGUGGGUCUGCCAGGACCUGGAGGACCUCCUGGACCACCUGGAGAGGACGGAGACAAGGGAGAGCUUGGAGAGCCAGGCCAGAAAGGAGGCAAGGGGGACAAAGGAGAGCAUGGUCCACCUGGUCCCACCGGCCCUCAAGGACCCGUUGGAGCACCCGGUCCUGCUGGUGCAGAUGGUGAGCCUGGUCCCAGAGGGCAGCAGGGUCUGUUUGGCCAGAAGGGAGAUGAAGGAUCCAGAGGAUUCCCCGGACCUCCAGGGCCAGUUGGGCUGCAGGGCUUGCCUGGUCCACCUGGUGAGAAAGGUGAAACUGGAGACGUUGGUCAAAUGGGUCCACCCGGCCCCCCUGGUCCCAGAGGCCCCUCAGGACCCCCAGGAGCAGAUGGCCCUCAGGGGCCUCCCGGUGGCAUUGGAAACCCUGGUUCUGUUGGAGAAAAGGGCGAUGCUGGUGAAACAGGAGAGCCCGGUCUUCAGGGAGAAGUUGGCCCACCAGGUCCAAGAGGAGAGCGAGGAGAAAAGGGAGAGUCCGGUCCGGCUGGUACAGCUGGCCCUCCCGGCCCUAAGGGUCCCCCUGGAGAUGAUGGUCCCAAAGGCAGCCCAGGGCCGAGUGGUUUCCCUGGUGACCCUGGCCCCCCUGGAGAGCCCGGUCCCGCUGGGUUAGACGGUCCAGCUGGUGACAAGGGAGAUGAUGGAGAGGCCGGUCAAGCUGGUUCUCCUGGACCCACUGGAGAGUCUGGCCCCUCCGGACCACCAGGAAAGAGAGGCCCACCUGGAGCAGCGGGACCUGAGGGAAGACAAGGAGAGAAGGGAGCCAAGGGAGAGUCUGGCUUGGAAGGUCCCCAAGGAAAGACGGGUCCUGUUGGUCCUCAAGGAUCACCUGGCAAGCCCGGUUCUGAAGGCCUCAGGGGUAUCCCUGGCCCAGUUGGAGAGCAAGGUCUACCUGGUGCUCCAGGCCCGGACGGACCUCCCGGACCAAUGGGUCCUCCUGGUUUACCCGGUUUGAAAGGAGACUCUGGUAUCAAAGGAGAAAAGGGCCAUCCGGGUCUUAUUGGUCUUAUCGGACCCCCAGGUGAACAGGGAGAGAAGGGUGACAGAGGCCUUCCUGGUCCACCAGGAUCACAUGGUCUCAAAGGAGACAAUGGUAUUGCUGGUCCUUCAGGUCCACUUGGUCCCAUUGGUCCUCCCGGAUUACCUGGUCCCCCUGGUCCCAAAGGAGCUAAAGGUUCAUCGGGUCAAACUGGACCAAAGGGAGAGACUGGUACAACUGGCCCUCCUGGCCCUCCUGGCCCCCCCGGCGAUGUCAUCCACCCGCUCCCCAUAAUGUCUUCCGUGAAGGGCCGAACUCGUAGGAACAUCGAUGCCAGCCAGGUGAUGGACGACGCAGCCACGGAUGCCAACUACAAGGACUACGACGACGGCAUGGAGGAAAUCUUUGGCUCGCUCAACUCCCUUAAGCUGGAGAUCGAGCAGAUGAAGCACCCGCUGGGCACACAGACCAACCCCGCUCGUACCUGCAAAGACCUGCAGCUCUGCCACCCCGAUUUCCCCGAUGGUGAGUACUGGAUCGAUCCAAACCAGGGCUGCUCUCGGGACUCCUUCAAGGUUUACUGCAACUUCACAGCAGGUGGCGAGAGCUGCAUCUUCCCAGAUAAGAAGUCUGAAGGGGUUAGACUCACAUCCUGGGUAAAGGAGAAUCCUGGCUCCUGGUUCAGUGAAUUCAAACGUGGUAAACUGCUCUCCUACGUGGAUGCGGAGGGCAACCCCAUCAGCGUGGUCCAAAUGACUUUCAUGCGGCUGCUGAGCGCGGCAGCCAGACAAAACAUGACAUACAACUGCUACCAGUCUGUGGCCUGGCACGACCAGGAAAAGGAUAACUACGACAAGGCCAUCCGCUUCCUGGGCUCCAACGAUGAGGAGAUGUCCUAUGAUAACAACCCCUACGUCCGCGCCGUGGUCGAUGGCUGUGCGUUGAAACGGGGUUAUGAAAAGACAGUACUUGAGAUCAACACACCAAAGGUGGAACAGGUGCCAAUUGUGGACAUCAUGUUCAACGAUUUUGGCGGCUCCACGCAGAAGUUUGGAUUUGAAGUGGGCCCUGUCUGUUUCAUCGGCUAAGACUGUUUACUGAACAAAUGGAGAAAGAAAAGCAUAUAUUUGUUUUCUCAGAAAAAGAAAAAAAAAAAACAAUUGAAAAAGAAUAGGACAAUUCUAUUUGUAAAAAAGUAACUUUUUUUUCCAUAAAGCAACAAGUAUGAGUACAAUGAAAUCAAGUUGAGAAUACAGUGAAAUUCUAUAGGAAUAGAGGAAAAUGAAAAAACCUUGAAACCUCAGUGUGCCUUCUCCAUCACAUGCACGUUUUGAAACUGGAUGUCAGAUCCUGCCUCCUACACGACACACUCGCACACACACAUGCAACCCUAGCCCCAUGUCAUCACACUUGAUUUAGACUUUUUCUUUUGUUACCCAAACAACGAAGGCGACCCUGAGAGCUGCAGCCGUUCCAGACGGUCGCAGUAUUUGCCAAAGACUCCAUCUGAUUUGGCUCUUUUCUUUUCUCAAGUUAUGAUCUCAUGUUUUCCCUCAUCUCCCUGGCUUUUUUUCCACUUGUCUUUUGUUUUUGUUUUUUGCUCAUUCACUACAGGAGCUUUGUUUGUGCAUAAUUCUCUCCCCCAUUCCCUUGGAAUGGACCAUAUAUAUAUAAAUAUAUAUAAAUAAUUUUAAUGUUUGUAAGUACAUUUUGUAUAUUUUUCCAGGUAAUGUUUAUUGCUUCUGGCUUCAAAACAUGCAUGUGACUUUAUGAAUUGAGGUAGCAGACGAUGGAUACGGGGAUAACACCUAAAUUGCAGAAAUAUAUCGAAAUUGAGGAAAUUCGACUUGUAAAUUGACAAAAAAACAAAACAAAUUGGGAAGUCCUGUCUUGUUGCAGUUGUGGAGCACACCUUGUUGUAAUUUAAGAACAGAAUGGAAAUAAAAGACGAGAACAAGCUCUGUGAUAUUAUGUGACAGUUUGAUUUACGUAACAAAAAACAAAAAAAAGAAUACAUUCCUCCUUUUGUGCCCUCUGAACAGAACACCCACCUCGGUGAUAAUAUCAUUAACUUAAACAGCUAGCUUCUAUUUUUCUUCCUCAAACUACACAUCUAUCUGACUAUGCAAUGGGAGAUGAUGACACAUUUAAAUGAAAACACAAAGAAAUCAAAACCUAGGUGCUAUAUUUCUCUCUUCUGUGGUGCUAUGUAUUUUUCUAGUUUGUGUUGUUUGAAUGAAAGGAAAUUUGUGGUGAUGAUAUUCCAUCACCAGCAGCCCCUUGACUCUCGUAACCACCACAUCCAACGUACGUGGAUCUUUGCUGCAUCUUUUUAUUUUUUUAUUUUUUUUUACGUACAGCAGUGGUGUUUGAAUGCCAUUUCUCUACAUAUCCACUCACAGAUCAGUGCAGCACGGCGGCAUAUGUUAUCUUCUGCUUCAGCGGAGCGCACGGAUAAGAAACUUGUACCAAACGUUGGAAUAACGUGAGGAAACUAAGAUGGUGCUGUUGGCUUUGCAUAUCAUUGCUCUAAGGCGCUGCAUUAUACAGUAUAGCUCUUGCUGUUGGAUCAUCUGGGCCACAUCAAAGUGAUGGAGUUGAGAAGUGGACAUGUUGUGAUUGGGCCAAAGCAACUGAAAGGGAUAUAGUCCAAAGUUUGGUUUCGGUGUUUGAAAUCCUAACCCCUUCCACCAAAGGUUUUCAGGUAUAUGUUUAGCUUUAAGGGCCAUGGAGGCUUGACAUCAUUGUCUUUGUAUGGGAACCAACUUGAUAAGUAUUUUUCACAGUAGAAGCAGGUCACUAAAUUAGCCAGAUGAAAGCGUUAACAAUUGCUGGUUGGUCUACUAUUUUUGCCCUCGUUGUAAUUAUGCUCUUUGUUCAAACUAUGCACUCUCUAUGCUUAUGACCACUAGUAUCUACCACAGAAUCUUUACAGCCCUUCAUGCAUAGGAUUGUUUUGUUUCCUUUUUUUUUUUUUUUUAUCUUCAAAUAUGUGACUUGAACCAUUUCUGUUAAGAUAACAUGCUUGUAGAUCUUUGGCUUUAUUUUUCAUUGUGAUGCAGUACACCCAAAUUUAACUUUUCCUCUCAAAUAAAAAGGAGAAACAAUUUUUUGUAAAUUUCCAGAACCAGCAGUGAUGCUGCCAUUGUUUUUGUUUCGUUUUAUCUUGUAGAUUUCCGUUUGUCUGUCUGUUUGUUUGUUUUCACAGUCUUGUCAAACCUGUGUAAGGAUAAGAGGAUAGAAGUUAUAUUGGUUUUUAUGUCAAUAAAUUCAAGUUUACUGUGGCCAUCCACUCUUGUAUGUCUUUUGAAGCAUUAAAACCUAUCUGUAUGCA